AUGUGGACAACCACCUGUGGCUUUCGGGGCCGAAAGCUCCGUCUAGCCAUCACCAUCACCGCCGUCCUCGGUUUCUCGCUCUUCGGUUACGAUCAGGGUCUGAUGUCCGGUAUUAUCGCCGGUACUGAGUUUACGAAAGAGUUCAAACCGCUAUACAUCCCCGGCGACGCCACAGAGGCGUACAAGUCGCAUGUCUCGGUUCUCCAAGGUGCGGUCACAGCUUGCUAUGAAUUGGGCUGUUUCUUCGGUGCCAUUUUCACCAUGAUGUUCGGUGAGCGGAUUGGUCGUACACCUUUGCUAGUGGCUGGUGGUAUUAUUAUGGCUGUCGGUGCCUUGAUCUCCACCGUUUCUUUCGGUCCUCACUGGGGUCUGGGCCAAUUCGUUAUUGGUCGUGUGAUUUCAGGUCUUGGAAACGGUAUGGAUACUGCUACGAUUCCAGUUUGGCAGUCGGAAUGUUCUAAGGCCCAUAACCGUGGUUUCCUUGUCUGUUUCGAAGGUGCCAUUAUCGCCGUUGGCACGUUUGUCGCCUACUGGAUUGAUUUCGGUCUCUCAUAUGUGGAUUCCUCGGUUCAGUGGCGGUUCCCCGUGGCCUUCCAGAUUCUCUUUGCCGUCUUCGUGACUGCCGGCGCUCUUAUGCUGCCCGAGUCUCCUCGAUGGUUUGUUAUGCGGGGAUAUGAUAAGGAAGCUUGCGAGGUGCUUGGUGCUCUUAGCGAUCUUCCUGCCGAUUCGGAGGAGGUGCUCGCCGAUUUCAACCUGAUGAAGGCUGACCUUGCUGCUACCGAGGAUAGCAAGGCCAGUUGGAAAACACUCUUUACCUUUGGCAAGACCCAAGAGUUCCAGCGUAUGAUGAUUGGUUGCUCUGGCCAGUUCUUCCAACAAUUCACCGGAUGCAACGCCGCUAUCUACUACUCUACCCUGUUGUUCGAGAACAACCUGCACUUGGAGAAACGUCUCUCGUUGAUUAUGGGUGGUGUCUUUGCUACCGUCUACGCCCUUGCUACUAUUCCUUCUUUCUUUAUGAUUGAGAAGGUCGGUCGUCGCAAGCUGUUCUUGAUUGGUUUUGCGGGUCAGGGUCUCAGUUUCAUUAUUACUAUGGGCUGCCUGAUUAAGGACACUUCGGAGAACGCUAAGGGUGCUGCCGUCGGUAUCUUCCUCUUUAUUGUCUUUUUCGCCUUCACGACUCUCCCCUUGCCCUGGAUCUACCCUCCCGAGAUCAACCCGCUCCGUACCCGUACUAUGGCUGCCUCUGCCUCCACUUGCACCAACUGGAUCUGCAACUUUGCCGUCGUCAUGUUCACUCCUGUCUUCUCCUCUGCCAGUCCCUGGGGUAUUUACCUCUUCUUUGCCCUGGUCAACUUCACCGCUAUUCCUUUCGCCUGGUUUUUCUACUGUGAGACUGCUGGCCGUGCGCUGGAGGAGAUUGACAUUAUCUUUGCGAAGGCCCACGUGGAAGGCAAAUGGGCUUACCAGAUCGCCAACACCCUGCCCAAGCUCACCCCCGAACAGAUGUCUCAGAUGGCGACCGAGCUGGGCUUGGAUGUGUCGACGCAGCCCGUCGCCUAUGGCGCUGAGAAGGCUGAGCUUGCUCUUAGCAGUGGCGAGAGCCAGGAAAAACAGACUGCUAAUUAG